GUUCGUGCGGCUAGUCAGCUUUUUGCGAGAGGAGUGCAUCCGAAGGUGCAUUUUCGAACCCCGUAGUGCUAGGAAAAAAGUUGCUAGUUUCUACCCAAAAUGCGUGCGUUUGCGGUUUUAGUGGCCGCCAUUCUGGCCGUUAAUGCCGAGGUGUACUUUGAGGAAGGAUUUAAAGACGAUUCGUGGCAAAAGACCUGGGUCCAGAGUGAACACAAAGGUGUUGAGUAUGGCAAGUUUGUGCACACAGCCGGAAAAUUCUUCAACGAUGCCGAUACCGACAAAGGUCUGCAAACUUCGCAAGAUGCCCGUUUCUACGCGCUGUCGAACAAGUUCGCACCGUUCUCCAACAAGGAUGAUACGCUUGUCAUCCAGUUCUCGGUGAAACAUGAGCAGAACAUCGACUGCGGUGGCGGUUAUCUGAAGGUGUUCGACUGUUCGGUCGAUCAGAAGGAUCUGCACGGUGAGACGCCGUACCUGGUCAUGUUUGGACCGGACAUUUGUGGACCGGGAACGAAGAAGGUGCACGUGAUCUUCAGCUACAAGGGCAAGAACCAUUUGAUCAACAAGGACAUUCGCUGCAAGGACGAUGUGUUCACGCAUUUCUACACGCUGGUCGUGCGGGCUGACAACACGUACGAGGUGUUGAUCGACAACGAGAAGGUCGAAUCGGGCAGCCUGGAGGAUGAUUGGGAAUUCCUGCCACCGAAGAAGAUUAAGGAUCCGGAAGCGAAGAAACCGGAAGACUGGGACGAUCGUGCCACCAUCCCCGAUCCGGAUGAUACUAAGCCGGAGGACUGGGACAAACCGGAACACAUUCCCGACCCGGAUGCUACCAAGCCCGACGACUGGGACGAUGAGAUGGACGGCGAAUGGGAGCCACCGAUGAUCGAUAAUCCCGAGUACAAGGGUGAAUGGAAACCAAAGCAGAUCGACAAUCCGGCCUACAAGGGUGUUUGGGUGCAUCCGGAGAUCGACAAUCCGGAGUACGUGGAGGACAAGAGUUUGUACCUGCGCGAGGAAGUGUGCGGUGUCGGUAUUGACGUGUGGCAGGUGAAAUCGGGCACGAUCUUCGACAACUUCCUCGUCACCAACGAUCUCGAGGUAGCAAAGAAGGCGGCCGCCACCGUUAAGGAGACGCAGGAGGGCGAAAAGAAGGUGAAGGACGCACAGGAAGCCGAGGAGCGUAAGAAGGCAGAAGAGGAAGCGGCCGCCGAGGAGGCUGCCAAGGACGACGAGGAUGAGGAUGAUGAGGAUGAUGCGGACAACGCGCUGCCCGGUGAAGCGACCGAGGUGGAGGACGAUGGACACGAUGAGCUGUAAACGGUGGAAGCACCUGUCAACAACACACAGCCGGACGCUUUAAACGUAUUCCUAUGGAAUGCGACACUUGAAAGGAAUUCGAGGGCAGAAGAAGAGAAUGGAGAGAAAGAACGCAAUUCGCGACUGCCACAGAAAGUAGGAGACCGAGACCGGAACAAAAUCGACGUAAAAAUAAUGAGUGGACGGUAACGCAGCAUUUCACUUACAACGGGGUAGAAGACCGCAGUAGAGACUAAUGAAGAAAUCUGUUUAGAUAGCCGAUAACGUUCAGAGAGAAGCAGGGACUGAGUAAUAAUGGGCGCACUUCAAACGCGGUGCACCACCUGUCGUCGUUACGUUUUCGUUUUGAAGAGACACUAGCUCGGUGCGUGUGUGCUUGCUGUACACCCAUGUCGCGGUUAUUUUGCUACUAUCCUACCCACUGUAUAGGUGGGCAGCUAUUCUGCGAUAGUUAAAGACAGGUACGACGACUUUCGACUAUGUUCAAAUAGUCAUCUGAAGCAGGAAAUGGAAUGGGAAUGCACGACCAUGGCACUGCAUGGAUUGCAAGAGCGUCGAAUAAUCUCAUACAAACACACCCACAGAGUAGCCUCCCUUUCUUCCGAUCACGCAUUACCUGGUGGCAACAAGCUGAAUGGUCGUGUUUAAGAAUGUACCGAUUCGUUAGGCAAAACGUGUACAGGAGAGUUUGUUUUUGUUUUGUGGGUAUUCAGUUUUGUUUUUAAUUCCAUUUUGCCCCUAUUUGAGUGUAUUUGAUUUAGUUUUUUAAGAACUAGCAGGCAGGUCACCUUACAGCAGUGUAAAAUAUAAAAACCCAUGGACGUGAAAGACGAAUACUAGAAAAAAGCAGCAGUACCAACAACAAAAAACUUGUUGAAGAACAAAUGUGGUGUAAACGAUAAAGAGAAACAGUCAGAAACAAUAAAAAAACAAAAUUAAAAUAAAAUUA